ACAUGUUGGCCAGAUCCAGCCUGCGAUCCGCGCGCAUUGCCGCUGCAGCUCGCAACACCGCAACCCGCCAGUCCACGCGCGCUGCCUCUUCCUCCUCCGGUGCCGAGUCUUCCCAAUGGGCAACCACCGCCACUGCCUCUGCUGCCACCGUCUUCGCCGUCGGUUCCGCCGCAUGGUACUACUACCAGUUCGGUCGUGAGGCCCACGCCAUGACCCCCGCCGAGGAGGGUAUGUCUCCCACCGCCUACAAACACCUUCGACCAUACAGCGCUGACCAUUGGCACCACAGUCUCCACGCCACCAAGUACCCUUGGGAGCACGAGAAGCUCUACAAGACCUUCGACCACCAGUCUCUCCGCAGAGGUUUCCAAGUCUACCAGGAGGUCUGCGCUUCCUGCCACUCCCUCAAGCGCAUUGCCUACCGCAACCUUGUCGGUAACUUCAUGACCGUCGACGAGGCAAAGGCCCUUGCCGAGGAGAACGAGUUCGAUACCGAGCCCAACGACGAGGGUGAGAUCGAGAAGCGCCCCGGAAAGCUCUCCGACUACCUUCCCAGCCCCUACAAGAACGACGAGGCCGCUCGUGCUGCCAACAACGGUGCUCUUCCCNCGGAUCUUUCGCUCAUGGUCAAGGCCCGCCACGGUGGCUGCAACUACAUCUUCUCUCUUCUGACUGGUUACCCCGAGGAGCNNCCCCCAGCUGGUGCCGUUGUCCAGGAGGGUCUCAACUUCAACCCUUACUUCCCUGGUACCGGUAUCGCCAUGGCCCGUGUUCUCUACGAUGGUCUCGUCGAAUACGACGACAAGACCNCCGCCACCACUUCGCAGAUGGCCAAGGAUGUUGUCGAGUUCCUGAACUGGACUGCCGAGCCCGAGAUGGACGACCGCAAGAAGAUGGGCUGGAAGGUCAUGGCUGUUGCCGGUACUCUCUUCGCUCUCUCCGUCUGGGUCAAGAGAUACAAGUGGACUGUCGUCAAGACCAGAAAGCUUGUGUACAACCCUCCCACCACCAAGGCCGUCCGCAACCCCUCAUCUCCCCGCACUGAGGUCCACACCGAAGGCCAAGGAUUCCUCAAG